GACAAAAAAGAAAAGGUGUUCUAUGGUAGUCUGGUCUCAAGCUUAGGGCUACUUUGGAUACUGUUUUGCAGUGUAAUGAUAGCAUCUUGCAUUGUGCUAUUGGCAGCUGUGAACCUGUCCAGGCACAUCUGGUUUUUGGGUGCUGUUCCAUUGUGGCUUGAGGCCAAUUAGUUUUAUUACUUAUUUUUUAAUGAAAUCUUUCAAAAACAAGUUAACCAGAGAAUUUUUUUUUUUUUUUUUUUUUUCUAAUAAUCAGAAAUGAGUUUCAUCUAUAAGAACUUUGAGCAAGCUACUAGGCAGGACAACUAGAAUUAUAACGAAAAGAUCCUGAUUUGCAUAUUCAGUUAGCAGCUUCGUUUGCUUGACCGGUAACAAAAUUGAAACAGCAAAAUCAUUAGAAAGAUGUUUGAUCUCCUACAGAUUAUUUGUAUUUGUGUGUGUGAAACUUAGUUUUAAGAAUGUUUUUAAAAAAUGUAAAAUGAUGUAUUGCUUUUUUCUAAAUAAAAAGAAAAUGUAAAUGACUACAUUUAUUUAUAUUUGGGUACAAUAGUAAAAUUGGAAAAGGAGUGCGAACUAGUUGAGGUGUCUUAAACUUAAAGCCUUCAACCCACCCGGCCCAUUACAUGACAAAUAGCGGACCCGCGGGGAAAAUACAGGGAACUGAUGUCGCACGACUGAAACGACAUCGCAGUGGGUGAGGGGAAGAUUAUCCUAGAGUAAAAAUGUCUAGCGAGUACAUAUUUGAAAGAUGAUGACGACAGUAAAGAAGUGCAAUGGAGCUAUCCGCAAGGACAUUGAAGAAGCAAGCUCCUAUAAUGGAGCUAGCUUUAAGAUUAUCUCCAAUUCUGCCUCCAAACAAAUUGAAAAUCUCCACGUCGUCAUACCUGUCUCGUAGUUGUUCUACUACAAACCUGUUUAGAAGAAGAAUAAGAACAAGCAGAAGAAGAAGAAGUGAAUUUGGAUUUCAAGUGAAGAACAAUACAAAUACAGUCUUCUUUUUGUCAAAUGAUCAGCAGCUGCAGAAGAAGCAGCAGCAUAUUUUGGUCAGCGAAGGAGAAUUUGAUGAUGAUGAUGAAGAAGAAGAAGAAGAAGAAGAAGAAGAGACGAAUACAUUGUCACUGAGUGUGAAGCCAGAGAGGAACAUGGCGUUACUCGACGACUACGAAUUGGAAGAGCUUGACUAUGCUUCUGACCCUAAUCAUCGAAGCGGUUAUGUGGCUGUGGUUGGGAAGCCAAAUGUUGGAAAGAGUACUCUAUCGAAUCAAAUGAUUGGCCAAAAGUUGUCCAUUGUUACUGACAAACCUCAGACUACUAGGCAUCGGAUUCUUGGUAUAUGUUCUGGCCCUGACUACCAGAUGGUACUUUAUGAUACACCUGGUGUUAUUCAGAAGCAAAUGCACAAGUUGGAUUCUAUGAUGAUGAAGAAUGUCCGCAAUGCUGCCAUUAAUGCAGACUGUGUUCUAGUAAUUGUUGAUGCAUGUAAAGUGCCUGAAAAGAUUGACGAGGUGUUGGAAGAAGGUGUAGGAAGCCUUAAAGACAAGCCGCCUAUAUUGCUUGUAUUGAAUAAGAAAGACCUGAUAAAACCUGGUGAAAUUGCGAAGAAACUUGAGUGGUAUGAGAAAUUCACAGACGUUGAUGAGGUCAUACCUGUGAGUGCAAAAUAUGGACAUGGAGUGGAAGAUAUCAAGGACUGGAUACUGUCAAAACUGCCAUUUGGGCCAGCUUACUAUCCAAAGGACAUUGUCAGCGAACACCCGGAAAGAUUUUUUGUGGCCGAAAUUGUAAGAGAAAAGAUCUUUAUGCAAUUUCGUAAUGAAGUUCCUUAUGCAUGUCAGGUCAAUGUGGUGAGUUACAAAAGUAGGCCAACGGCAAAAGAUUUUAUACAAAUGGAGAUUGUUGUUGAGAAAAACUCUCAGAAGAUCAUCAUCAUUGGAAAAGAAGGGAGAGCCCUGAAAUUACUUGCAACAGCUUCUCGGCUAGAUAUCGAAGAUUUCUUGCAGAAGAAAGUUUAUUUGGAGAUAGAAGUAAAAGUGAAAGAUAACUGGAGGCAGGAUGAAGGGCUUUUAAACUAUUACGGCUAUGGAGGAAAGAUCCGCGCAUUAUAGUCCCAAGUAUUUUAGAAUUCAACUGCUUUCCAUUAGAUAAUAUAGGUGAAGAUGCCAAAUCAUUGUAAGAGUUGCUGCAGAAGACAUGACACUAGGUCAUUGCUCCCUGAACCUGAACAGUUUUGAUUUUCGUUUUUGUUUCCCCAGUUAAUUUAGAAGCCGUUGUGAUUCAUGUUUUUUCCCCAGUUACUAUAGAAGCUUCCUUCAGUGAUCUUGGUUGCUAGACCUUAAGUGCUGGGCUAAAUCACGUUCGGGAACAGCAGCAUGAAAAGAGCCUAUCAAACUUGGGCCACAUGGUUGGACCUGAAGUUGAGGGCCAUGUCGCAGUUUGCAGAAUUAUCUGCAAAUUCAAGCCAAGGGUUACUUAGACCUAAUCUAUCGGACUAUUUAAAAAUAAAUAAAACUGUUGUCGGAUCUAA